CUCUCCCCCAAGGAAAUGCUCCAGGAGAAAAGCCUGUCUGAAACCGAGGAAGGGUUUCCAACAGCCCCCGCGCCCGGCCAUGCGGACACCUCCGCCGGUUCCCCCGUCCUCGGCGUAGCCGGGGGGAGCACCACGCCGCUCAGCAGCCCGCAGCUCCCCGACACCGAGCAGACAAUAGAAAAUAUCAAAGUCUAUCUCCAUGAGAAGGAGCUAUGGAAGAAAUUUCAUGAAGCUGGCACAGAAAUGAUAAUAACCAAAGCAGGCAGGAGGAUGUUUCCCAGUUACAAGGUCAAGGUGACCGGAAUGAACCCCAAGACCAAGUACAUUUUGCUGAUUGACAUCGUCCCAGCUGAUGACCAUCGGUACAAAUUCUGUGACAAUAAAUGGAUGGUGGCUGGRAAGGCUGAGCCGGCCAUGCCGGGCAGGCUGUACGUGCACCCYGACUCCCCGGCCACAGGAGCCCACUGGAUGAGGCAGCUGGUGUCCUUCCAGAAGCUCAAACUYACCAACAACCACCUGGAUCCYUUUGGACACAUCAUCCUCAAUUCAAUGCACAAAUACCAGCCCCGGCUGCACAUUGUGAAGGCGGACGAGAACAACGCGUUCGGCUCCAAGAACACGGCUUUCUGCACCCACGUUUUCCCAGAGACCUCCUUCAUUUCAGUCACCUCUUACCAGAACCACAAGAUAACCCAGCUGAAAAUUGAAAACAACCCCUUUGCCAAGGGUUUCCGGGGCAGCGACGACAGCGACCUGCGCGUGGCACGGCUCCAAAGCAAAGAAUAUCCAGUAAUUUCCAAAAGCAUCAUGAGGCAGAGGUUGGUGUCCAGUCACGGCCAGCUGUCAGCAAAGCCUGAUGUGAACCCACUCCAUGGGAAUCACCAGACCCUCCAGCAUUAUCAGUAUGAGAACGGUGCUCACAUGCAAUUUGCAGCUUCGGAUACUCAAGAUCUGCCACUCAACACCUUCACAGCACAGAGAGAUUCAGGGCUCUUCUACCAUUGUYUAAAGAGAAGAGAAAGCGCCCGGCACCUGGACCUGCCCUGCAAACGCUCGUACCUGGACGCCUCGUCCUCGGUGGGGGACGAUCACUAUUUCCGCUCUCCGCCGCCCUACGAGCAGCAGAUGCUGAGCCCGUCCUACUGCGGCGAGGUGGCCCCGCGGGAGGCCUGCAUGUACUCUGGCUCCGGCGCCGACAUCGCCGCCGUCUCGGCCGUCGACGAUUUACCACCCCCGCCGCCCCCCCUGAGCUGUAACAUGUGGACUUCAGUCGCACCUUACACCAGCUACAGCGUCCAGACCAUGGAGACUGUGCCCUACCAGCCCUUCCCUCCUCACUUCACCGCCGCCCCCAUGAUGCCGCGGCUGCCGGCCAUCGCGGGCCAGGCCUCGCAGCCGCCGGGGAACGGCCACUUCAGCGUCUACAACCAGCUGUCCCAGUCUCAGGUCCGGGAGCGCGUUCCCGCCUCGUCCUUCCCGAGGGAAAGGGUGCACCCGUCCGUGUGUGAGAGGAAACCCCCCUCUCCGCACCUAAACGCGGCCAACGAGUUCCUGUACUCACAGAGCUUCUCCCUGUCCAGGGAGUCGUCGCUGCAGUAUCAUUCAGGGAUGGGGACUGUGGAGAACUGGACUGAUGGGUGACCCCGAGCGAUGCCACAGCCAGCGUUCCCGCUCCAGGACAGUGUUCGAUCGGUGUUGAUACCUGUGGGUAACUUGCACUUCGGUGAGACACACGUGCGUUUCCAGAGGGAUUUGUGGGGGUGAAGAGCUUGUACCUUCAGGCACACGGAGAAUCCCACCUCCUGUCUCAGUGGGCUGGAUUCAUCAGGCUCUUACUGACUCCCAAAUAAAUUCAUUCUCGUGUCUUCAUCCAGUAGAAACCAUCUUCAUGACUAACGAGUGAYGUAGCUAAUCAUGUCCUUUUGCUUGUAAUGUUAAACAUCCGUGAGCAAAUUUUGGCUGUUUGGGAAAAACAUGAGCUUCACUUGUAUGGUCCUYGAAUGAUGAAGCCACAACCUCCCAAAACUCCAAGGAAAAAGCCAUUUGAUCGGUUGCGUAGCUCAAGGACUGCCGUGGCAGCGCUUCUGUAGCYCUUUAGAUCCGUAGAAAUUCCUCGUUCCUCUGGAAGUGAGGGAGCAGUGGGAGCCUGCGGAGCGCGGGCCCGGGGAGCUGUGGUGCCGCCCCGGCGCCUCCCCGGCAGUGCAGGGUCCGUGCCAGUGGCAGAGAGGAGAAGGCACCGAUGCACAAAUGUCUCUUCUUCCCCCCACAGCACCGUGCCCGUGGCUGUGGGAAGYGAAGAAGUGAAGUGUUAAGCCCGAGGCCAAAAAGCAAAUUAAUUGCAGCGUUAGGAACAGACCCAGUGUCUUCAGACUCCCAUCCCUCGAUUGAACCACACUUGCUUAUUGCAAUAUAUUUAUGAAGUUUAAGCUUAAAAGUCGCUAAUACUUUCCAGAACCAAUUUCUGUAUUUGCUGGUCCUUGAUUUCUUUCCUUUUCAGCUGAAACGUGCCUUUUGUGCUAUGUUCUUUCCUUUUGCAUCCUGCUCAGACAGAAUUGUUUCAGAAUUGUAUUCAGGAGGAAUAUUUUCCUAAUGGUGGGGUGGGGAGGGAGAGCUCCCACAGCCUGUCAGGCCUUGCAGUGUACAAAUAUUCGUAGAACAGGUAAAACCAGUGUUUCCAUUGCUCCUUUUGGUUACUGUGGAAGUGUCCAGAGCCGAUUCCUCCAGCGUGGGCUUUGCCUCCCGGAGUGUCCCUGUGAGCUGGUGAGGGGACAUCAGGCACAGGUUGGAUUUGAUGAUUUCAGAGGUCUUUUCCAACCUCAGUGAUUCCAUAAGGAGGGAUCCCUCAGCUGACACCCAUGUGGGAAGCAGCGGCAUUCCUUCUGGAACAUUCCCUCUCCUGUGUCCCCCUGUGGCCCGCGGUGCCCACCCCGCUGAGCUCAAUGCCACCCCAAGGGACGGUGACAGAGGUGAUGCUGGAGUUGGGUCCAAYGAACAGCACAACGUUCAAGCUUUAAUCAUUCCACAGCGGGGUUUUUAAUUCUYCCUGUUGCUUCCUGGGCAAAGGCCAAAAGCUGAAAUGCAGAAAUGCAGGUUUGGGGGUCGGGAGGUGCUUCUGUGUUUUGGUGAAUCCGUGCCAGGGAAGAGGCUGCUGGGUAAGGGUGGCUGUGACACAGCCCUUGGUCACAUCUCAACCAGGACAAUCCCACGCACCCACUCAGCAGAAUCCGUGUGUGAGCGGUGUGGAUUUUGUAACCAGAUUUUGGAAAUCACUACAAUUUUUGCAUGCUGAAUAGCUAUUUAUAUACAUAUAUAUUUUAUAUAUAUAUAUAUAAAAAAUAUAUAUAUCACAAAUGCAGGCCACGUGUCCAAWUCAGCUUUGCUUUUGACGAAUGAAAUACUUAAUAAAAAUGAAUGUUGCAAGGGUUUUUUUUUUUUUUUGAAAGACAUCUAUUUAAGAUUUUUUUUUUUUAUUACACACCUUUGAUGUAAAAACUAAGAAUUGGUUAGACAAAAAAACAUAUAUACUACAGAUAAAUCUUUAUUAGAAACCACAUUAGAUACAGGUGGUAUGGAAUUUUUAAAUGUUUGUUACAUAGCAUGGACAUUUUAUUUUACAUAUCAGAACAUAAAGUCAUUUUACUACUAUAAGCUGUCUCUGGGUGCAUUUCAAUAAUUUGUAUAAAAACGU